UACUACGACCUCUAGUACAUGGACCACUACCGAAGAGGCGACCACGUCCUCAACAACCACAACUACUCUGUCUUCUACAACUCCGACUACCGAAGUUGCUGCGACUUCUACUGUGACUUCCUCGAAGACAGAGGGUCUCGAGAAAACUAGGGUCGAUGAACUGUCUUCUGCUGGUACUACGACAUCUACUACAUCGACCACUACUGAAGAAGCGAUCACGUCGUCAACAACCACAACUACUUUGUCCUCCACGACAGCUUCGACUACCGAGGCUACUGCGACUCCUACUACGACGGAAAUUGUCGAGGAAGUUUGGGUCGAGGAAUUGUCUCCUUCCACUACCACGACAUCUACUACGUCGACCACUACUGAAGGAGCGAUCACGUCCUCAACCACCACAACUAGUCUGUCCUCUACAACUCCGACUACCGAAGUUACUGCGACUUCUACUACGACGGAGA